CGUUGGGACCACAGUGGUUGGGACGCCGGUUUGUGUCGUUCGUGUGGCGCAGAGCGCACAUGCGGCGGUACGCGUCCAACGCGGCCCACCCGCAAUGAAGAUUAUCAAGGAAAGCUCGGCCUUCCUGAGCAAUUUCGAAGUGCUCAAACUGCUCAAGGAGCUGCAGAGCGACAAGCCCAAGUCCGGCAAACACGCCAAGCACGUCCAGAACCUGGCCACGGUGUCGUACGAGACGGUCACCUACCUCGAACAGACCGCGUGCGCCCGUCAGAGCGAGGAGAACGUACAAAAGUUCCUCGAAGAGAUCCGCGCGCUCCCUUUCACGCUGACCAAAGUGGAGAAGCUGCAACUCAUCAACCACCGACCGACCACCUUCGUCGAGAUCCAGCUGCUGAUCGAGGAGAACGAGGAGCGACUCUCCGAGGACGACAUGCAGACCAUCCUCGACAUCGUGGAGCGGACACUGCCCCCGGCGCAAGACGAACCGGAGAACGCCGAAGGCGCCGAAGACGCCGAAAUGGAGUGCGAGUGAUUUUUGGAGGCGCAAAAGCACUGACGGUGAGCGUGAUCUGUCGAUCUCCAAUGGCUGUGGAUUGAGUUUGAGUGAGCGUUCGAGUUCUCGGCGAGUGAUUUUGGAACCGACAGAGAGCAGCGAAGAAUCGUGUUGAAAGGAACAAAUGGGGGAUCGGGACUAGCCGGUCGAUAGUUAUGGUUCAAUGCUGUGGUAAAAGUGAAGAAAUAAAACGGUGAUUUUGCGAUAUGGAAAUAAAAAGCGAACGUGAGAACAGUGA